AUGUCAUUGAUACUUCGAUGUGUGAAUGUUUCAACAAGUCCAAUACAGGUUGAAGAAUUCUUUUUGGAAUUUUUAAAUGUACAUGACACAUCUGGUCAAGGACUUUUUGAAGAAUUAGUAGCAGUGAUACAAUCAUUAGAUCUUGAUAUUAGCAAUGUGAGAGGACAAGGAUAUGACAAUGGGUCAAACAUGAAAGGCAAGCAUCAAGGAGUACAAAAGAAAUUGUUAGAUGUCAAUCCUAGAGCAUUUUACACCCCUUGUGGUUGUCAUUGUCUGAACUUAACUCUUUGUGACUUGGCGAAGUCUUGUGAGAAAGCACUGGAUUUUUUUGGAGUCUUGCAACGUCUUUAUACCUUAUUUGCAGGUUCUACAAAGAGAUGGCAAAUUCUGAAUGACAAUGUGAAAGGAUUCACUCUCAAAUCAUUAUCCACUACACGAUGGGAGAGCCGUAUUGGGAGUAUUAAGCCUCUUCGAUUCAAUGCUGCUGAAGUAAGAGAAGCAUUAUUGCAAUUGGCAGAAAGUGACAAGGAUCCUAUAACUAAAAGUGGUGCAAAGUCAAUAGCAACUAAUGAUCUGGGAGACUUUGAGUUUUUGUUAAGCAUGGUGAUUUGGUAUGAGAUAUUAUUUGCUUUCAAUAAAGUUAGCAAAAUGCUACAAUCUCAAGACAUGCACAUCAGCGUUGCAAUUGGUGAAGUAAAGGGUUUAAUUGCUUGGCUUGAUAAGUUCAGAGAAACUGGCUUCACAGAUGCGAUCAUUACAACUAAAGAAAUUGCUGCUACAUUGAAUGUUGAACCUGUUUUUCCUGUAAGGCGCCCAAUUCAGAGAAAAAGAUUUUUUGAUGAAAGCAACAGUGGGUCAAUACCAUCAUCUUCAGGUGAGGAAUCUUUCAGAAUGCAUUAUUUCUUAUAUAUCGUGGAUCAAGCUAAGGGAUCAUUGAAAAGAAGGUUUGAACAAUAUAAAUAUUAUGAUGAUAUCUUUGGAUUUUUGUUCACUUCUGAAGCUUUGAAUUCCUUGAAUGAUAAUGAUUUAAGAGCUGCUUGUAUGAAUCUUGAGAAUGUUUUGAGACUUGGAGAGAGUUCAGAUGUUGAUGGAGAAGACAUGUUUAGAGAGAUAAAACUCUUAAGGGAGAUAUUGCCUAAAGAGAAGAUGAUAGCUACUGAUAUAUUGAAUUUCUUACAAGAAAGAAAUUCUUAUCCUGUAGUUAGACUUGCAUAUCGAAUAUUGUUAACUGUGCCUGUGACUGUUGCUUCAGCUGAGAGGAGUUUUUUCCAAAGUUUAAAAAUUAUUGAAGUCUUAUUUGCGAUCAACAAUGUCUCAAGAAAGAUUGAAUGGACUUGCUAUGAUUUCUAUUGA